GACAUGGCUGGCGUGGACUGCCCAAGCUUCAAAUUCAAACAUUCACACGAGUAUGAGUACGGAUGACCUAAGGUCAGUUUUUCACGUAGACCACAUAGACGACGUGCCUUCGUAUCAAAUUGUGCCUUUAGAAGAAAUUCGAAGAAAUAAAAGAGAGACGGCCUCAUCUUCAGAUGAAGAUGCAGGUGGUACAAGAAAAAUGAGAUUAGAAGCUUUCGGGAACAGGAUAGAUUUGGUCCUCAAACCCAAUAAGGGUUUGAUAAGAGGUGAUAAGAUUCGGAUGUGGAACGCGGUGGCCGAUGCUAAUAGUACUGAUGGGAUGCAGUAUGAAGAAAUUGUUGAGAAUGAUAGUGAGCCUCUAGGUGAAAUAUAUCAAGAUGAAGAUAAUAUGGCAGCUUUCUUAAUACGAAAAGACACCGAAAACGGUGGAAUCAUAGUGGAGGGCAGUGUUGGCGAAGAUUUGAUAAUAAGACCUCUACCACCAGCUUACAGAAAUUCCUCAUUGGAUCAACACGUGGUCAUCAAAAGAGAUGCUAAUGAAAGGAUAGCAGCUGGAGAUUAUGAAUACAUGGAGCCAGACCGAUUGCACAAACGAUAUACAAGAGCAAUAAAAACUAAAAGAUCAGCACCAUAUAUUAUAUAUCCAGAAAUUUUGGUUAUAGUCGACUAUGAUGGAUAUAGAUUACAUGGAGGUGACAAUCUACAGGUGAAAAGGUACUUCGUAUCAUUUUGGAAUGGAGUUGAUUUGAGGUACAGAUUAUUGAAAGGACCACGUGUACGAAUAAGCAUUGCUGGAAUUAUUAUAUCAAGAGGUCGAGAUGCAACCCCAUAUUUGGAAAGAAACCGGGUUGGACGCGAUGCGAUAGAUUCGGCGGCCGCGCUUACUGAUAUGGGUAAAUAUUUAUUCAGAGAAAGAAGACUGCCAGUGUAUGAUAUUGCUGUAGCAAUCACAAAGCUCGAUAUGUGCAGACGACAAUACGCAAAUGAUGCUUGCAAUAGAGGCACCGCAGGAUUUGCGUACGUGGGCGGAGCAUGUGUGGUCAAUAAGAGACUCGAAAAGGUCAAUUCUGUCGCCAUCAUCGAAGACACUGGCGGUUUCAGUGGAAUUAUUGUCGCCGCUCAUGAAGUUGGACAUUUAUUGGGAGCCGUGCACGACGGCUCUCCGCCGCCAAGUUAUCUGGGAGGUCCAGGCGCCGAGAAAUGCCGAUGGGAAGACGGUUACAUAAUGUCCGACUUGCGUCACACGGAACGAGGUUUCCGAUGGUCGCCUUGCAGCGUCCAAAGUUUCCAUCAUUUCCUCAAUGGGGAUACUGCUUCAUGUCUACACAACCCGCCACAUGAAGACGAAGCUUUGGCCCGAGCUUUGCCGGGAACUUUGCUGAGUUUGGACGCGCAAUGUAGACGUGAUAGGGGCACUAGUGCGUGCUUCAAGGAUGAGAGGGUGUGCUCCCAAUUAUUCUGCUUCGAUGCAGCGAGUGGGUACUGCGUGGCCUAUAGGCCUGCUGCAGAAGGGUCACCAUGUGGAGAUGGACAGCACUGUCUGGAUGGUCGCUGUGUAGCAGAACACGAAAAUAUAAUUCCUGAUUAUUCUCAGCACACACCAAGUUAUAUAAGACCACAGACGAGUCAGUUUAGGUACACUACAGAAGCUUAUCAACCACAAAACACGAACCCGCCACAAACAACAAGGAAUUAUGCGUCCUAUUAUACAAGCACCGAAAGACCAACCACACAAAAUCCUUAUGCCUACUUCCAAAAUCAAUACAGUCCCACAACUACCAGACAACCACCCGUUAUCAAUUUCCAUUAUUACAGUCAGAAUCCUCACAGUUCCAGACAACCUUUUUAUCAAUACUCAACUACGAGAAAUCCAUAUGAUUUCCAUGAUUUUGGUCAGCCACAAUCUCAGAGGGCGCCGAUAGAGCAAUCUAGGAACCAAGCAUAUGAAAAUUAUUUGAAGAGAUUGUCGCAAUCAACGACGAGGAAUCCUUAUAAUUUUGACAAUUUCGGGAAAUCUUACACGAAAUCUACGCCUAGUCCUCAACAAUUGGGAGGGCAACAUGGAAAUUAUUUGAAGCGGUCUUAUGACACGCACUUCUACUGGGACCCGAGCGAAACUAAUCAAAGAAAUGCUACAAGACUUCUGAUAGAUAAAUAG